CAUUCCCUGAAAGUGAAACUGAAAGAGGAGAGAGUAGUUGAAUUACCAUACUAACCUCAGAGAUAGAAAGAAGAAGAUGAAGAAGAAGAAGAUGAAAAGAGUGAAAACAGCAUCACAGCUCACACUUUGAUAGCAGAGACAUUUGAUCUGCAUCCAUAAACACUCCACACCACAUUCAGAGUGGUACCCAGUUCUUAUCACACCCUUGUUCCUCUUACAAUAUAUUCAAUUCUCUCACAUCAUCUUCUUCCCAAUCCAAUCCUCUAUCUCUCUCUUCCACCAUGCCAGGUCUCGUCAAAACUCCACCGCUCCGAAUCACCAUGCCCCAAACUCAAACUCCCACCCGAAGAUCCGAACCCGCCGCAACCAACAACAAAACUCCCUCCCCGUCGCCCCUCCCGAAGAAGCCACCAUCUCCGUCCCCUUCCACCCGCUCCUCCGCCAAGAAGAAGACUCCAGAAACCCCUACCAACCCUGACGCCUCCCUCGACAACCCGGAUCUAGGCCCAUUCCUCCUCAAACUAGCCCGCGACACCAUCGCCUCCGGCGAAGGCCCCACCAAAGCCCUCGACUACGCCAUCCGCGCCUCAAAGUCCUUCGAGAUCUGCGCCGCUGACGGCGAGCCCAGCCUCGACCUCGCCAUGAGCCUCCACGUCCUCGCCGCCAUCUACUGCAGCCUCGGCCGCUUCGAGGAAGCCGUCCCGGUACUCGAGCGCGCGAUCCAGGUCCCUGACGUCGCUCGCGGCGCGGAUCACGCCCUCGCCGCGUUCUCCGGCCAUAUGCAGUUAGGCGAUACGUUUUCCAUGCUCGGACAUGUUGAUAAAUCGAUUUCCUGCUACGACCAGGGUCUUCAGAUUCAGAUCCAAACGCUUGGUGAUACCGAUCCACGCGUCGGUGAAACGUGCAGGUACCUCGCGGAGGCGAAUGUUCAAGCGAUGCAGUUUGACAGAGCGGAGGAGCUUUGCAAGACAACGCUCGAGAUCCACCGCGCGCAUAGCGAGCCUGCUUCACUGGAAGAAGCUGCGGAUCGGAGGCUCAUGGCGCUUAUCUGCGAGGCGAAAGGAGAUUACGAAGCCGCCCUUGAGCACCUCGUGCUGGCGUCCAUGGCUAUGAUCGCGAAUGGACAGGACAAUGAAGUUGCCUCCAUUGAUGUUAGCAUCGGGAACAUGUACAUGUCGCUGUGCCGAUUCGAUGAGGCUAUAUUUUCCUACCAGAAGGCGCUCACCGUGUUCAAGGCGUCGAAGGGGGAGAAUCAUCCUUCGGUGGCGUCGGUGUUUGUGCGCCUUGCUGAUUUGUACCACAGGACCGGGAAGCUUCGGGAGUCGAAGUCGUACUGUGAGAAUGCCAUGAGGAUAUACUCUAAGCCGGUGCCGGGAACCACGCCGGAGGAGAUUGCCGGUGGGUUGACUGAGGUUUCCGCGAUUUUCGAGUCGGUGGAUGAGCCGGAGGAGGCGCUGAAGCUGCUGCAGAGGGCGAUGAAGUUGUUGGAGGAGAAACCGGGGCAGCAGAGCACGGUUGCGGGGAUAGAAGCCAGGAUGGGAGUAAUGUAUUACAUGACUGGGAGGUAUGAGGAUGCGAGGAGCAGUUUUGAGAGUGCGGUGGCGAAACUGAGAGCGAGUGGGGAGAGGAAAUCUGCGUUUUUCGGAGUUGUGUUGAACCAGAUGGGGUUGGCAUGUGUGCAGCUGUUCAAGAUAGAUGAGGCUGCUGAGUUGUUUGAGGAAGCUAGGACGAUUCUUGAGCAGGAGUGUGGCCCUUGUCAUCAAGAUACUCUUGGAGUGUACAGCAACCUUGCAGCAACUUAUGAUGCCAUGGGAAGAGUGGGAGAUGCAAUUGAAAUCUUAGAAUAUGUCCUUAAGUUGAGGGAAGAAAAGCUUGGAAUAGCAAAUCCUGAUUUUGAAGAUGAGAAGCGUCGGCUGGCUGAGCUCCUGAAAGAAGCAGGCAAGACGCGAGACAGGAAAGCGAAAUCUCUCGAAAACCUCAUUGAUCCCAACUCAAAGAGGACAAAGAAGGAGGGGAAUAAGAGGUGGCCUGGUUUGGGGUUUAGAAUUUAACCAUAUUUUUACUCUUCUAUAUUGAAUGCACAUUCUGUAACAUAGAAUAUCUUGUAUAGGGUUGAAUUUGUAAUUUGGGAGCUUCCCUGUUUCUUGAUAUUUGUUCAUGCAUUUGUUUUUCUUGGUUAAUUGCUUUAUCAAUUGUGUUGUAACCUUUUAGCUCUACCACAAAAUUUCAUCCUGUCCUCCUUUUCCUGGAAAUGUUGAAAGCAGAUUUUUGUUUGAGUGAAUGAAUUUUUAUGAGAUUGUUUUA